AUUGAGUCUCUGUACCUUUUGUUUCCUCAAUUCGUGACGCCAUUGCAAAGUCUCUUGAUCUGGAAAAAAAGCUUUUCUUCAUUUCCACUCUAAUUAAAUCAUAUUUGAUUCAAACCCAUCUUCAAGAAUCACCAUUAGAGGAGAAAAGUUAGCUCCUUUCUUCAUUUUUCCCUUAGUCGGUGCUUCCGAGAUUUCUCUCAUCUUGACACAUCAGCAACAGAAAUGGAGAUUUCGUUUCUUGAAACUUUCAUUUGCAGCGCUUUCGCAGCUUGUUUCGCAGAGUUAUGUACGGUACCAUUAGACACAGCUAAAGUAAGGCUUCAGCUACAAAGAAAGAUCCCUACUGGAGAUGGUGAUAAUUUGCCCAAGUACAGAGGCUCCUUGGGUACUCUUACUACCAUAGCAAGAGAAGAAGGUAUCUCAGGACUUUGGAAAGGCGUUAUUGCAGGACUGCAUCGACAAUGUAUCUAUGGUGGCUUAAGGAUUGGUUUAUAUGAGCCUGUCAAGACACUUUUGGUUGGGAGUGACUUUAUUGGGGAUAUUCCACUAUAUCAGAAGAUUCUUGCAGCUUUGUUAACCGGAGCUAUAGCUAUCAUUGUAGCUAAUCCAACUGAUCUUGUCAAAGUUCGGCUACAGUCAGAAGGAAAAUUACCAGUUGGGGUUCCUAGGCGUUACGCAGGAGCUGUAGACGCUUAUUUCACCAUAGUGAAGAUGGAGGGAGUUAGUGCGUUGUGGACAGGGCUUGGGCCUAAUAUUGCAAGGAACGCUAUUGUAAAUGCUGCAGAGCUGGCUAGUUAUGAUCAAAUCAAAGAGACAAUUAUGAAAAUUCCAGGGUUUGGAGACAGUGUUCUAACCCAUCUGCUAGCUGGUUUAGCUGCUGGGUUCUUUGCUGUUUGUAUUGGUUCUCCAGUUGAUGUGGUGAAAUCUAGAAUGAUGGGAGACUCUACUUACCGUAACACAAUCGAUUGCUUCAUCAAAACCAUGAAGACUGAGGGGAUUAUGGCUUUCUACAAAGGAUUCCUCCCGAAUUUUACACGGCUAGGAACUUGGAACGUUGUUAUGUUCCUCACACUAGAACAAGUGAAGAAAGUGUUUCUAAGAGAAGUAUUAUUAGAUUGAUUCCCUCGCUACAAAAACAUACCUUAUUACAUUAUUCGUUAUUAAGACCUCGAAUUGUUAGAGCAUAUAUAUACACUUCUGUCUACGUGAACAUCUUUCGUCAUUUAGAUUAAUAUUGAAACAUUCUUAU